UCAUCACAGCCACACAUCUCCUCAUUGCAAAAGAUAAACCCUAGCCCUACCCAGGCCCGUCAUUUCUUUUAUUCUCCCAUGGAGGAGUCGGUUAACAACAAGAAGCGAGUGCGUGAUGACUUGGGCGAGCCGGAUCUCGACUCGCCGGAGGUCAAGAGGUUACGGGAUGAUCUGUUGGAUAUCCUCGAUGACUCGGACCAUGAUCCCGCAACUCAGGACCUCGACUCAGUUAUGAAAAGCUUAGAGGAAGAAAUAUCGGCUUCUUCCUCGUCUCCGCCGCCGGUCGUCGAUCAAACGUCAGAUUCCGGCGAGUCACAGCCGGAACUCGGUUACCUUCUAGAAGCCUCUGACGACGAGCUGGGUUUGCCUCCGUCCUCUGUUGCAACCUCUACAAGCGAGGUCGAGCAGAGUCAGGAUGAGACUGCGGCGGAGUUGGAAAGAUUGGCCUCUAACUCGUCCGCGAUCGGUGAGUUUUGGGGGUUUGACGAUCAGAUCCCGAGUUACGACUCGUUCGGGCUCGGGAUCAAUGACGAUUACAGCGGUGACUACGUUGCAUUUGGUGGAUUGUUCGAGUAUUCUGACUCGUGCUUCGAUUCCUCUGACGUCCAGGUUUUUUCGUGGCGGGAGGAGACUCAGCCGGCGGAGUAAAGCCGGUUUGGACGGAACGAUGCCGGCAUGUAAAUUUGUUUGUUUGUUUUAAUUUUCAGGGGUUACAUAUGGAGGAAAUAUAUUUAGAAGUAGGAAGAAGGAAAAUGAAAAUUACAGGUGUAGAUUAAGUAGUGAAAAAGAAUUGGUUCGUUUUUUGAAGAUGGAUUUAGUUGAUCCCGGGGACUUCUCUGCACGAACCCUUACUAUUUCUAUAUUUUGAACCCUUUAAGGGAAACAAAUGUUCAGUUUUCAGUUGAAGAAAUACAGAUCUAAAAUAUUAUCAUUGAACCA